CUGAAAACCUCGCAGCGUCCCAGCACAAACACCGCUGCCCGCACCAAUCGCUCGCUCGAAGCCAGCUUAAUCAAGCAGCGAGCGCACCGGCGAUUUGCGUGGAGACUUUGCAUUGGGGGUGAGAUGGCGCUGAACGGCGGCAAGACGUUCGUGCAGGACGAGGAGAAGCAGCGGCUGCUGCUGGAGGAGCACACCGAGAAGCACUUCACGGCCGGCGAGGUGGUCCGGGACAUCAUCAUCGGCGUCUCCGACGGCCUCACCGUGCCCUUCGCGCUCGCCGCGGGGCUCUCCGGCGCCAACGCAUCCUCCGCGCUCGUGCUCACCGCGGGGCUCGCGGAGGUCGCCGCCGGCGCCAUCUCCAUGGGGCUCGGAGGGUACCUGGCGGCGAAGAGCGAGGCGGACCACUACAACCGCGAGCUGCAGCGCGAGCAGGAGGAGAUCGACACCGUCCCCGACGUCGAGGCCGCCGAGAUCGCGGACAUCCUGUCGCAGUACGGGCUGGGCCCCGCGGAGUACGGCCCCGUGGUCACCACCCUCCGAAACAACCCCAAGGCGUGGCUGGAGUUCAUGAUGAAGUUCGAGCUGGGGCUGGAGAAGCCCGAGCCCCGCCGCGCGCUGGUGAGCGCCGCCACGAUCGCGCUCUCCUACGUCGCCGGCGGCCUAGUGCCACUGCUGCCCUACGUGUUCGUGCCGCGCGCCGAGCGCGCCAUGGCCGUGUCCGUCGCCGUCACGCUCGCCGCGCUGCUCUUCUUCGGCUUCGUCAAGGGCCGCUUCACGGGCGACCGGCCGUUCCUCAGCGCCGUGCAGACCACCGUUGUCGGCGCGCUCGCCUCCGCCGCCGCCUACGCCAUGGCCAGGGCCGUGCAGUCCAUAUGAUCACCGAUCAUCAAGCAGCUAGUAAGCCUAUAUAUGUGCAGCAAGAAAAAAAAUAAGCGCAGCAAUGUAUACGUGGCUGUAUGUAUACGGUCACUGGUCAAGCUUGUAGCUGUGCAGAUGGCAACGAGUAGUGUAACUGUACUACUGCUGGUAGUGUAUUUUGUUUGCUGGUUGCGUGUAGUGUUCAAGUGACGUGGUGUUAGUGUUAUGUCUGUAAGGAGGUGUGGAUUAUUUAGGGGCGAAAUCAUGUGCGGCCUGCUGGGCUGCUGGGCUUUUGGAUCGAUUGUCAAUCUCAAUCCUGUUGCGGCAAAUGCAUGGCUGAAAUGGGCUGUAUUGAAUUGACAAGCGUAGGCCCAAAUUCAAAUUUCUCUGGGCCUUCUCUC